AAAAACUGUGGGCUGCAAGAUUUCAUGAGAGAGGCAGAGAAAACAGAGGAGAGUGGUGCUGGGGAAAAGCAGGUGUGGUUAAUGAACAGUUUGUAACCCAAUGGGAUGCUGGUGAAACAAAGAGAAUCUCCACAGCCAUGGAUAACACCAGAACACAAGAUGCUUUUUCACAGUUAAGCCAGGAAAAAAUCCUCAAAAUCAUGAACAUGGUGAAAAACAAAGAAGUGAGCAUUGAAGGAGCUUUGCAUUUGGCACAGAAAGAAGUGUACACCGAUAAGGACUCACAGGAUUUGCUAACCGGCUCGCUGUUUAACUACAGUAUCUACAAAUACAAACACUAUCGGUGGCAGAAGCGAAUUUUGCAGAUUGAUUUCAACACAAAGACAAUUUUUAACAUUGAAAAAGGAAUUAUUAAGAAGCAGUUCCCUUUCUCACAAGUCAAAUCCUGUGAAGAUGCUGAAAGAAGACGUUUCAGCAUUGUGUUUCAUGGGAGACAAGACUAUGAGCUGGAAGCAGUGUCUCUUGAUGACAAAAGGAAGAUAAUGUACCUGUUGAGCAGAGUGAUGCAGAGUAACUCAUGCAGGAGGCCGGGGGAGCCCUGCUUGGAGAGAGCUACAGAGUAUGAUGUGGUGCAUGAAGGAGUGCUGGAUUUGCAGCAGAACGCUUUUAUGUCCUCUGAAUGGGUGAAGUACUUGGUACAACUACGUGAAGGAGAACUGACUUUAUAUUGCAUAGGGCUUGGAGCAGAGAGCAAGAAUGCAUGCCCUGCGAUGAACAUAAUUCAUUUGUCAGGUGGUAAUGUGAGUGUCAGCAAGGAGAAUGAAUGUGGUACCUUUUCCAUCCAGACCAAAGGACACAAUUAUUUGUUUCGAAUUCCCUUUACUAUCCAAAAUUACAGGACACAGGAUGUUGGCAAGCUCCAGAAUGAAUGGGUGUCUCUCAUAGAAGGGUACUGUCAGCUGUGCAAGGGUGGCUUUCUGUCCCAGGAGGAAUCCCAAGGAGAUGCCUCCUCUGAAGCUGAUUAUGAGAAUGUUACUGUAGCUCUGAAUGAACAGAAAGAGGAGGCCCUCCAUUUCGAUGUGAGUGCUGCAAAACUCAGUCUGAACAAGCCUUCAAGCUCACAGACAAAGCCUGCAAAGGGAGAUGUAGCCCCAGCAUCAGCAUCUACUCCAGUUCCCAUAAGUAAGGUGGAGGUGCCACCAGCCCCACCUGCAUUCUUCCAGUCCUGCAACCUUUCUCCCUUGGCAAAGAGAACGAAAGCCUUUCACUGGGAUGUUGUUCCUUGUGAUAAGAUUCAAAAAUCCAUUUGGGGUUCUUGUGACCCAGGCAAGAAAAAGAUAGAUGCAUCCAGACUCUGUGAGCAGUUCCAGAUCCAGGACGUGGCAGUGUUUUCAGGCAAUGAACCUUCAGUGAAUCAGCCCAUCAUGUUGGAUCGAAAAGUUGCACAUAACUUCAGCAUUUUUCUUAAAAGUUUCCGUAUAAAACCAAAGGAGCUGAAAGAAAAGCUGUACAUCAUCCAUGAAGAGAGUGGUGGACUUACAGAUGAACAGAUCACAACACUACGAAGAUACAUGCUAACACCAAAGGAUGCAGAGAAGUACCAGUCGUUCAGGGGGUGCCCCUCAGAGCUGCACAUAGUUGAUCAGUUUAUGUUGGAGAUGUGUAAAAUCCCCCACUUAGGCCAGAGGUUGGAUCUCCUGCUUGCCAUACGUGAACUCCCCGUGAGCAUGGGAGAUCUGGAGCCCCUAAUAAACCAGAAAAUCCAAGCAAGUAAGCAGCUGCAUUCCAGCCAGAAAUUUAUUGCUGUCUUGGAGUACAUUUUAGCCAUUGGAAACCAUUUAAACGAAAAUGCGGGAAAAGAAAAGGCAAAAGGAUUUCGAUUGUCAUCUUUGGCCAAAUUAUCCCUGCUGCGGGGCAAGGAGAGGACGUUCACCUUGCUUCAUGCUCUUGUGGAACAGAUCUCCUUACAUGAGCCUGAUCUGGUGAAGUUUUCUCAGGAACUGACAGAAUUUGAGGCUGUUCCUGAUGCUUCCAUGAAGGGCCUAAGUGCUGAAGUUGAUGUUCUAAAAAAGGAAUUGGAAAAUGUUACUCAGUGCAGGCGUCUUAUCAAAUCCAGGACAACCAAGGCAACACCCCAGGAGUCACAGUUCUGCAGAGAACUAAAGGAUUUGAUUCAGAAAUAUGAAGGGGAUCUAUCCCAGCUGUCAAAAAGAUGUGAAGAAAUGAAGAAGCUUUAUAGCAGUGUGCUGGUAAAAUUUGGGGAACCACAAGACCUGGACUCUCAGGAACUGUUUGGAUGGAUAUCUACGUUCAUCAGUGAGUUCAGGAAGGCCUGUGCUGAAGUCAUGCAGUAAGGACAACACUACUCAUAAAAAGGGGAGAGUGAAGUGUAUGAAACUACAUUCAAGUUAAUUGUUUUGAAAGUUGCCCUGCUAACAAGGUGCACAUUCCAUACAGUUUGUACAGCAGUAUAUUUUGAUUUAAAGAUAUAUUCAAUUUAUGAUGUGUAGUUUUGCAACUGGUCUCAGACCUGUGGGAUCGCAGGUCUCUUACGAGACUCACUUUGUUCUGUGUAUGCCCCUACAGAUACCUGUACAUUUAGAAAGGAGACACUCUUGAUGUUUUUUAUUUUUCUUUUUAUUUUUGUCUUUGACAUCCAGUCUUCUGCCUGAAUUUCAGCUGUUACUUACAGUGAAUAAAUUUACAUAUGGUGAUCUAA